AUGUCCUCUCUCAAUUUCGAGAUCGUUGCUCCCUCUAUCUACCAUGUCAGUAGCCAGUGCCAUGAAAAGCGUGACAUUUCGGCUUUGGCAGGGCAUGUCGCUCUCUCAGCGACUUCAUCCUCACCCCUGGCCAGUGUGGCCCAGAUCCACGUUCGGCUUAUCCAAGUUGUGACAUCUAUAACCGAAAGCAAAAACACUCGGCGGAUCUUGUGUCCUUCAUUCUGCAUAACGAACGAAUCGCCCCAGCCGGGUUCAAGGAUUGAACGAACCCUUCGAGAAGUUGCUCUGUCAAUAUCCUCCAAAGAAGGAUUUGAGACUUCCCCAGGGAGGGUUGUCUCGAAGUCCUACUUCCACUUGGACAUUCCAAUGAACAUACCUGCAACGACAAAAACACCUCUUGGGACCAUCACUUACGCGAUAGAAGCCACGGCAGCGACAUCGAAACAUGGUGUUAUCACCCACCGUCGACCCCUAAAUUUCAACCGCCAGAUGAUUCAGUCCAACCCGGCAAAGACUCAACAUCACCUAUACUUUCGAGCCUCGAAUACCAUACGAGGAAUGACCCUCUCACAAAACUCGACACCUAGGUUUGGGCCAAGGAUCUCAUUCUCUGCUACAAUUCAUACCCACUGGGAGACAGCCCCAGCGGAUCGAGGAACAGAGCUCCGCCAUAUUGUGGUGCGAGAGCUGAAGUGGCAAGCUGAAGAGAUUGUCAAGUUCAUGAGCAAACCUAAUAGUUCAGACGAUAAAUAUUCCAUCUGCGAACGACAGUCGGUCCGCAAGUUGUGUGGUGGAAGUACAAAAGGAUACUGGGGAUUUGGUUGCAAUCCACACGUUAAGCAACCACACGGACAGAGCGUCGACGAAAAGGGACAAGCACAACGAGCUAUUUAUAUCCCAUUUGGUUUUACGAUUCCAAAACGGGCAAUGGUCGUGCAUAGCAUAGACCUGGCCGCAUAUGAGAUCGGCGCCGUUAGCGCUGACCAUAAUCCACAGUGUGGUCUUCCUGGGGAUAUUCCUUUCUCCAAACUGGGCAAAAUGGUGAAGGGAAUCACUGUUCACCAUCAGUUGAAGGUUGAACUUGUUAUGGGGGAAGAUGUGUUUCAUAAAGGCACUGGCAAGCUUGUGGAACGGAAACGGUUGCGGACUGUUGUAUGUCCUGCAAUUCCGUUGAGUGUUUGUGAAGUGUGUAUCUAG